AGUAAAUUCCGUUAUUCCCACUCUAUUGAACGCACCUUAACUUUGCAACCCGGGGAACUCAAAUGUGCUUCACAACAAACUGUCCGCGGAAGUACUUCAAAUACUUCAAAUACUUCAUUACACUCUAACUGGACGCUACUGUGUGCAGCUGAUAUUCAUGUAAAGUAUCCGACAUCUUAACUUCAUGAAAGAUCAAGCUUUUUCCUGCACUUGAAAGAACAUGUGCAGCUACAGUGACUCCAGCAGCGACCUGGACGAGGAGUUGCCUGUGUUCGACUUCCUCCAGCCGCGUCGACACCUGAGCCAAACCUCAAAGAGCCACAGAGAGAAGCCAGACAUGGUUGAUCUGGCUGAUUCUGAUGCAGAAAACGCAGUAGGCUUCCCCCCAGUAAAUGAUAAAGCAGGUGCACGUAGGGGGGUGGCUGAUGUUAUGAUGAUCAGCAGCGAUUCCGAUGAGGAUGCACCUUAUGUCCCUCUGGCACAGAGACUCAAACAGAGACAAGACAACGUGAUUAGUGCUUCCUCCGCUGUCCCUAAUGGGAAAGAUGCUGAGCUGAACUCCUCAUCCAAUCUGCCCAGUUUGCAGCUCUCCUGCCAAAAUGGGUUUCCAAAGUCAAAGCCCCUGCUCAGCUACCAUCCGUUGAGCCAUAGUGCCUCAGAUGGUCCAGAGGAGGCGGCAGCUCUCCCUCAGCGAUGGCCGUCAACGAAGCCCCUCUCCAGUGCAGGGAGCAUCAACACCUCCCCUGCCAAGAGGAAUCCUGCCAAGCGGACGGUGGAGGAGAUCCAGGCCUCCAGGGAGGAGGCUCUGAGGAGGAGGCAAGCCAGGGAGAGACAGCAGAGGGACAAGGAGGCACUCAGGCUGGAACAGGAAAGGGAGAAAGCAGAGAGAAAAGCUCUGUCAGAGGCUGCCAAGGCCCUGAGGCCAGAGGAGUGUAUCAAGCACAUGGUGGUGGCUGUGGACCCAGCUCUCUUGCAGCUGGAGGGAGGCGGCACUCUGCUGGCGUCUGUGCAGGCUCUGGGCUGCAGUUGUGCCAUAGAGAAACAACCCCUCCCACGCAGUGUCAGCUGGAUGAGGAGGGCUCCCUGUGCACAGUCAGAUGAUGGAGUGUGUGUACCGGAGGCUCAUGUUGUGAUGCAGAUGACAGUUGACGACUUCACCUCUCUGAUCCGCAGCUACGUUCAGGAGGAGAGACACGGCAGGUCAGACUCUAAUCCCACUCUUACAUCGUGGGUGCAAGAGCAGCAGAGACGUAACCCUGGAAAGCUCCUCAGCCUGGUGGUGAUCGACAUGGAGAAAUAUUUCAGAUCCCAGAAGUCACAAAGCCAGAAGAGGUUUCGAGAGGCUAUCACGAAUGAGGAGCAAGGCGGAGGAAAAGCGAAGAAGAGGAGGAAGAACGGCGGAGCUGAGGCGCUUCCUGAGGUGUCACGGGUUGAAGUAGAAGAGGCAGUGGCACAUCUCCAGCUCUACACUGGCGUCUCGGUCCGCUUCUUGUCAACCUGGAAGGACUUCUCCGAUCACAUCACCAUGACAACCAAAGCAGUUGCAGAGGCCCCUUUCAAGCGAGAGAGGGAGAAGACAGGCUUCUCUUUCCACCUGGAGAGCGAGUGGGCGGGCGGUCAGCGGGUGGAUAAAGCCGGUAAGGGCCUGCUGCAGGUGUGGAAGAGACAGAUCCAACAGUUCAACAGAGUCAGCCCAGACAUGGCUGCAGCAAUCCUGGCAGCGUACCCAUCCCCACAGCUGCUCAAGAAGGCUUACAGUCUGUGCAAGACCGACCGCGAGAGGAUCUCCCUGCUGUCUGACCUUCUGAUCCGCAGAGGUGAAGGCGUGACCUCCACGACUCGAAGGGUCGGCCCAGAGCUUUCCAAACGCCUCUUCCUCAUGAUGAGCUCCCAAGAUCCCGAGCAGACACUGGACUCCACUGUCUGACCUAUGAAAUGUUCCCACCUAUUGAACACUUGUUUCCAACAGCUUCCAAGUGCUUGAGCACCACAGUAUCGAAUAGUAUCAAUUAUUGAAUUCAAUGUCUGUUUUUUUCUGUUUUGUAAAUAUUAAAGUUUUAUGAAAAUAAUUUUAAAGGGUUAACAUAAGCUAACAAUUCCCAAGAAAAAUGGUAUUGAAUAUUUUACAAACCGUUUUAUUCUCAUAAAUUAGCACCGCUUGCAUAGUACAUGGACAAUGUUGAAAAGUGCACUCUCCCUUGAAGUAGUUCAUUUAUUUUUCAUUCUCAGUCCUUUUUAACAUGUUAUAUCAUGGCCACACCAGUGUCACGUCAUUCACCGUUAACAUGCUUUACUCUGUGUGGAACAGCACCUCUGUGGCUCACCUCUAAUCUGGUUUCAUCAAGCGUUAUAUGUGCAGUGUAACACCUCAGCCCCCGUGUUUUAAGUGCUGUCCAACUGAAUUAAAUGUGGCUAAACCAUUAGCUUUCUGUGUC